CACCACCAAUCUCAUUCUCCAUCUUCCAUCCCCGUGUCCAUAACCCUGGGCACUCUUUCGCUUCCAUUCCGCUCCGCGCCCUUCCUUCCACCUCUCUUGAAGGAUCUCAGUCAUCGCGACAUUCCCCUCGACUCAAUCCUCCCCGACAUCUUCGUCGCGCCACCUCGUUCCCCAUUUACAAUGGCCGAAACUCAGACUCAGUCCGUCCAGGACGUCCCCGAACUCUCGUCUCAAUUCGGCAGAUUGAGCACUGAUGAGGGCGGUGAACCCGUCAUCCCGCGCACCGAAGAAGAAUAUGCGCAGACCCAGUUGACCCUCCGCGCCAUCGUCUCCUCCAAGGAGGCAGGUGUGAUCAUCGGCAAGGCUGGAAAGAACGUUGCCGAUCUCCGCGACGAGACCGGAGUGCGUGCUGGUGUGAGCAAAGUCGUUCCAGGCAUCCAUGACCGCGUCCUCACGGUCUCGGGCUCCCUGGCCGGGAUUGCGAAGGCAUAUCAAAUUGUCUCCAGGGGCCUGCUUGACGGUGCUCCACAAAUGGGCAUGGGUGGACUGCUCAACACGAAUGGCACUCAUCCUGUCCGCCUUCUUAUCUCGCACAACCAGAUGGGGACCAUCAUCGGCCGCCAAGGCCUCAAGAUCAAACAGAUUCAGGACAUGUCCGGAGUCCGCAUGGUCGCGCAGAAGGAGAUGCUCCCACAAUCCACCGAACGAAUCGUCGAGGUUCAAGGAACGCCCGAUAGCAUCGAAAAGGCAGUGUGGGAAAUCGGCAAGUGUUUGAUCGAUGAUGUCGAGCGUGGAUAUGGCACCGUGUUGUACAACCCCACUCUUCGCGUCCAAGGGGGCACUGGCCCACUUAGCAACGGCUUGGGUGGUGCAACUGGUGGACGUUCCUUCAACCGCACUGGAAAUGGUGCGGACUUCACCAACGAGGCACCGGCUUAUCCCCGCCGCAGCCAGGAUGCCUCCUCUCGUCCUCCCCCUCCCACCAUGACCGAAGAUGGAGAAGAGAUCCAGACUCAGAACAUCAGCAUUCCUUCCGACAUGGUUGGCUGCAUCAUUGGACGAGGUGGCAGCAAGAUCAGCGAGAUCCGCAAGAGCUCGGGUGCGCGCAUCUCCAUUGCCAAGGCUCCGCAUGAUGACUCAGGCGAGCGCAUGUUCACCAUCACUGGAAGCGCUGCGAGCAACGAGAAAGCCCUCUACCUUCUCUAUGAGAACCUCGAAGCCGAGAAACAGCGCCGACAGCAGGGAGGAGACGAAGUUCCAGCUCGCUCGUAAGCGGACGAGACAUCUUCCCCACCGGAAACUUCGCGGCUCAUUCACCGUUCAUCAAAACCGCUCUACAAACUCGUUCCUCAAAAUAUCUUUGCUCAUCCUUCACUACCACUGUCCUUACUCUUCGAAAUCAUCCACCGUUCACUCCAUUACCACCCUUCCCCCUCG